AUGGAUCAUUCAAGAUUGCUUAUGGUCAUUUUAUUGUGUACACUGGGACUUUCGUUGGUAGAGGUCGCGAGUUCUACCCCCCUGGAGACUCGUUCAAGAUGGAUAGUGGACGAAGCUACUGGGCGGAGAGUAAAGCUGGCGUGCGUGAACUGGGCGGCCCACCUGGAGCUAAUGGUGGCGGAGGGGCUGAGCCACCAGUCUUUGUCCUCCAUUGCCAACGCCAUCCCCUCUCUCGGCUUCAAUUGCGUCCGCCUCACCUGGGCCACCGCCAUGAUAACGAAGCAGAGCCUCACGGUGGCGCAAUCCUUUCAGUCUCUCAACCUCCGCUCGGCGGCCGCCAGAGUAGAAGCGCACAACCCGGGCUUCUUGCAGCUGACUGUGGCGCAGGCAUAUGCUAGAGUGGUGGCAGCACUUGGAGCCGCGGGGCUGAUGGUGGUGCUAGACAACCACGUCAGCAAGGCGCAAUGGUGCUGUGGUCCCACCGACGGAAACGGAUUCUUCGGUGACAAAUACUUCAACCCAAGUGAGUGGCUCCAUGGCCUCAUGGCCAUGGCCACCACUUUCAACGACACGCCACAUGUGGUGGCCAUGUCGUUGCGCAAUGAGCUGCGCGGCCCGACCUCGAGUGCUGCCGAGUGGCUCCACUUCAUGCAUCGUGGAGCCACUGCCGUGCACAUCGCCAACCCCAAAGUCAUUGUUAUUCUCUCGGGGUUGAGCUACGACUCCGACCUGAGCUUCUUAGCCCCCGGUCGCAUGCCGCUGCCCUUUGUAAACAAGAUUGCCUACGAAGUACACUGGUAUGCCUUUACUAGUGGAAUUAAGUGGUCGAGUGGGCGGACCAACCAGCUGUGUGGGUCUUUGGUGGCAGGGAUUAACAAGCGGGCAGCUUUUCUGGCGACCUCUGCUCCUCUGUUUAUAAGCGAGUUUGGCAUUGAUGAGAGGGGAAUUAAUGAGAAUGAUAACAGGUAUUUGAACUGCUUUCUGGCUUAUGCAGCCGAGUGGGACUUCGAUUGGGCUCUUUGGACUUUGCAGGGAAGUUAUUAUAUUCGCAACCAGCAGCCUGGGUUCGAGGAGACUUAUGGAGUUUUUAACUCUCGUUGGGAUGGAUUGAGGAAUGCUCAUUUUCUCUCCCUCCUUCACCCUAUCCAGACCCCAAUCCAGGAUCCAAGUUUCUCUUCAGGUCUGCUUUACGAGAUAAUCUAUCAUCCUGCAAGUGGCCUGUGCCUUGUGGCCACAACUAAGAAUGAGGUUGUUAUGGGCUCUUGCAAUGGGAGUAGCAGAUGGAGCUACAAUAUUAGGGCUGGUGGCUUCAUUGGAGUUGUGGGGACUUCUGCAUGUAUUGGAAUUCAAGGGGAUGGACUGCCUGUGGUGUUAAAUGACCGCCUUCACUGCCCACUUUGGAGUGUGGUGUCGAGUUCGAAUCUGCAGAUUGGUACAAUGGAUAGCAGUGGAAAGAUGGUGUGCUUGGAUGGAAGCUCCAGCCCCUUGGUUGUUGCUCGGGAUUGCAUAUGUCUUGUGGUUUCUCAAUGCUCCAUACGAGACAAUCCUGAGGGUCAAUGGUUUAAGGUUAUUAGCACUAGCAAAAAUUUGGCUUGAGAUUAACACAAGAGCAGCUUGAGAGAAAUUUAGAAAAAGCCAAUAAACGAAUACAAGGAACAUAUGACUAAUAGGUUUAUGACGUCUAACAUGAAAA